AUGAAAGUCAAAUUAAGGGAAGUUCACAGUGUUUUUGCUUGGACCUGGCACAUACCGAAGGAAUCACAAGAUGCGCAUGCUGAAACGAUAGAUGACAACGACGGAGAUGAUGUCUGUGGUAUUUGCAGAGCAAGCUACAACGCAACUUGUCCCGGUUGCAAGUUUCCUGGUGACGGGUGUCCGCUCGUAGUGGGGGAAUGUAAUCACAAUUUCCACGUCCAUUGUAUCUACAGAUGGCUCGACACAGCCACCUCCAGAGGCUUAUGCCCAAUGUGCAGACAAACGUUUCAGCUAAAGAAAGGUCUGGCUAUUAACGACUCACAAAUCUCCAAAUUUCAAGAACUACGAAACAAGCAAUGGCAGACGCGGCAGCAAGAGUUUGGGGAUCAACAGGACCCUGAGACAAACCCAUUGGAGGACCAAGAUGAUCCGAUGAUGGAUCAGGGCCUCAUAGUAAGGUAA